CUCCGCCGAGCCCAGCAGGAAGGAGGGCGCGAGCGGGCGAGCGCGGGUGGCGCGAGCGGAAAAAGCGCCCGCGCGGGGAAGCGAAAAGAAGGAAAGAAAGAAAGAAAACGAGCGCGAGAAGGGGAAAAGCCAGCGAUCGAGCGAGGGCGCGCGCGAAAACUCCCGGCAGGUGUACUAAUGGUGUUGUGAUUACGUAGGAGAAUGCCCUUUCUACGGGGGGACAGCAGCUGAAGAGUGUAGAGUUUUCAGAGGAAGUUCGCUGUGGAUUAAUUGUGUGGGUAUUGCAGUCUGCAGAAACAAACAAGGAGCGGGGCUGAGUUCUGUACUGAACAGACAACAGGCUGCCUGGCAACCCGCUGAGCUCCAGAAGAGCAGCACUUUCAUUUGGACCUUUGGAUGCCCACUGAGCUGAUGCUUGAGACCUACGAGUAAUCUUCAGAUCAGAGCGGAACCAUAAGGCCUUUCCUUUGCGUGGGGAGGAGACAGCCCAUGUUCUGUGGAAAUGAACGGGGAGCAGCAGCUGGAUGCAGAUGCUGGAUCUGGUGUGGAAGAAGUGGAAUUAAGCUGGGAAGAUUAUCUAGAAGAGACCGGGUCCACUGCAGUUCCCUAUGGAUCGUUUAAACAUGUGGACACACGUUUGCAGAAUGGAUUUGCUCCUGGAAUGAAGCUGGAGGUGGCUGUGAAGACAGACCCUGAAAGCUACUGGGUCGCCACCGUCAUCACCGCCUGUGAGCAGCUGCUGCUUCUCCGCUACGAUGGCUACGGCCAGGACCGCAGGGCCGACUUCUGGUGUGACAUCAGGAAGGCCGACCUCUACCCCAUUGGGUGGUGUGAGCAGAAUAAGAAGACCCUUGAAGCCCCGGAAGGCAUCAGAGAUAAAGUGUCGGAUUGGGAUGAGUUUCUGCGGCAGACCCUGAUGGGAGCGUGUAGCCCUCCUGUUCCACUUCUCGAAGGCCUCCGCAACGGGAGGAAUCCUUUAGAUCUCAUUGCUCCAGGCUCCAGGCUAGAAUGUCAAGCUUUCCGGGACUCAUUAAGCACUUGGAUUGUUACUGUAGUAGAAAACAUUGGGGGAAGGCUGAAGCUGCGUUAUGAAGGACUUGAAAGUUCUGACAAUUUCGAGCAUUGGUUGUAUUACUUGGACCCGUUUCUUCAUCACGUUGGUUGGGCUGCUCAGCAGGGAUAUGAGCUUCAGCCCCCAUCAGCCAUCCGGCAUCUGAAGAAUGAAGCUGAGUGGCAGGAGAUCUUGGCCAAAGUGAAAGAGGAGGAGGAGGAGCCAUUACCAUCAUACUUAUUUAAGGACAAACAAGUUAUUAGCACUCAUUCAUUCUCUGUAAAUAUGAAGUUGGAAGCUGUGGACCCCUGGUCUCCUUUUGAGAUCUCUCCUGCUACAGUUGUUAAGGUCUUUGAUGAGAAGUACUUCCUGGUGGAAAUGGAUGAUUUGCGACCAGAGAAUCAUGCCCGGCGAUCUUUUGUGUGUCAUGCUGACAGUUCUGGUAUUUUCCCUGUGCAGUGGAGUCUGAAGAAUGGUUUACACAUCAGCCCCCCUCCUGGCUACCCAGGCCAGGACUUUGAUUGGGCCGACUACCUCAAACAGUGUGGUGCUGAAGCUGCUCCCCAGAGGUGCUUUCCUCCGUCCAUUUCUGAGCAUGAAUUUAAGGAGAAUAUGAAGCUCGAGGCAGUGAACCCUCUUCUCCCCGAAGAAGUAUGCAUUGCCACCAUUACUGCGGUGAGAGGCUCCUACCUGUGGCUCCAGCUGGAGGGUUCUAAGAAGCCCGUACCGGAAUGUAUUGUGAAUGUGGAAUCCAUGGAUAUAUUUCCUUUGGGCUGGUGUGAAACCAAUGGCCAUCCCCUCAGCGCCCCUCGCCGAGCACGAGUACACAAACAGAGGAAAAUUGCAGUGGUUCAACCAGAAAAACAAAUACCGUCCUCCAGGACUGUCCACGAGGGUCUGAAGAAUCAGGAGCUGAACUCCACAGACUCAGUUAUGAUUAAUGGAAAAUACUGCUGUCCAAAGAUAUAUUUCAACCACCGUUGCUUCUCAGGGCCGUAUCUUAACAAAGGAAGAAUCGCUGAGCUGCCUCAGUGUGUAGGGCCUGGGAACUGUGUUCUGGUCCUCAGAGAGGUCCUCACUUUACUUAUCAAUGCAGCCUACAAACCCAGUCGCGUCCUUCGGGAGCUGCAGCUGGACAAGGACUCCGUGUGGCAUGGAUGUGGGGAGGUCCUAAAAGCCAAAUACAAAGGAAAGAGUUACCGGGCUACUGUUGAAGUAGUGAAGACAGCAGAUCGUGUGACUGAGUUCUGCCGGCAAACCUGCAUCAAACUGGAGUGCUGUCCGAAUCUGUUUGGCCCAAGGAUGGUUCUGGACAAGUGUUCCGAGAACUGCUCAGUGCUUACAAAGACCAAAUACACACACUAUUAUGGAAAGAAGAAAAAUAAAAGAAUCGGGAGGCCACCUGGUGGGCACAGCAACUUAGCAUGUGCCCUGAAAAAAGCCAGUAAGCGGAGGAAGAGGCGGAAAAAUGUCUUUGUCCAUAAGAAGAAACGCUCCUCUGCAUCUGUUGAUAACACCCCGGCGGGCUCGCCCCAGGGAAGUGGGGGUGAAGAUGAGGAUGACCCAGAUGAAGGGGACGACGAUUCCCUGAGUGAGGGCAGUACGUCGGAGCAGCAGGACGAGCUACAAGAAGAGUCAGAAAUGUCAGAAAAGAAGUCGUGCUCUUCCUCGCCCACCCAGAGUGAGAUCUCUACGUCACUGCCUCCCGACAGACAACGCAGAAAAAGAGAGCUUCGCACUUUUUCAUUUUCUGAUGAUGAGAAUAAACCUCCUUCACCAAAGGAAAUAAGGAUUGAAGUUGCCGAGAGGCUCCAUCUGGACAGUAACCCCCUCAAGUGGAGCGUGGCGGAUGUGGUCCGGUUCAUCAGAUCCACCGACUGUGCUCCGCUGGCGAGGAUAUUUCUAGACCAGGAAAUUGACGGGCAGGCCCUGUUGCUUCUUACCCUUCCCACUGUUCAAGAGUGCAUGGAUUUAAAAUUGGGCCCCGCCAUCAAACUCUGCCACCACAUAGAGAGGAUCAAGUUUGCUUUCUAUGAGCAGUUUGCCAACUGAGAAGGACAACCAAAGUGAGCUGUGUCUUCACAGCACAAGUGCAGCAAAUCCUUCUCACUGCUCUCCAUGCUGCGCUGAGACAGCCCUGGGGCUCUGGGCCUUGCAGGGCUCGGCCUGCUCUCUUUGCACUUUCAGGGAAGGAGGACCCACACCGAGGAAGCAAAAACUGCAUGGAAGGGGCUCCCCAGCCAGUGGGAAUGUGGGCAUCUCUUGGUCAGCAGAUUGCAGUUUUAAAAAGAAGAAGGGUUGUGAAGAAAAGACUCGAGUCAGAAGAACGAACAUUUCCAGUGGUGUGGCCUGAAAACGAAGAAGAACUCGGCGGCCGGAAAGCACCCUUAUGGUUGUGUUCUUUUUGUUCUGUUCCUUCCCAUUGUAGAUUGAACUCUUUCCUGGAAAGAGAGGACAUAGCUUUAAGUCAGCACUGAUUUGGGACUGUGCCUAAGGCACCUCAGUGCUUCAUUGUCAUUGUGUUUUUAAGCUUUUUUAAAUUAAAACAGUUCAUUUUGGGGA